ACGUUCCACUUCCCUGCAACCCCACUCUAGCCCAUAUUCAGUCACCGCCACAACCAGUCUUCACUGCAAUUUUUUCGUGCGCUCGGUGUUGACGCGUAGAUUUUUGAUCUUAACAUUUAAUUGUGAAAAAUGGGAAAAAUUUCAAAACAAGUGUCGAUCAAACAAAAGAAAAGAAAGCUAAAGAAGUUACUUGAAUUAUUGGACAGCUCAAGUUCGUCCGAAAGUUUUUCAAAUGAGGAACCAGGGACGGACUCGGAUUCGGAUGCGCCAUUAAUAAAUUUGGUGACACCGACUUCCGCAGUAACAGCUGGUUUGGCUAAUGAAGGUGCGCAAGAUAUUUUAGCCUUAUUAAGCAACCAAUCAUCAGUUACUAAAGGUCCUGAGAUUAAUUCUGAUGUAGCUGCUCUUCUCUCAGGUUUUCUUACUAAAGGAAUUGAUAAAGAAAAUCGUAAUGCAACCAUAGAUUCUUAUCCAUGUAUUGCUAACUGCCCAGCACUUCAACCACCUAUAAUUAAUCCAGAAAUAAAAUCUUGCUUGGAUGCAAACGCAUUAAAACAGGAUAAUUUCCUAAGAAAGUUACAAUCCCAGUUGGCAGCUGGUAUAAGCGCGAUAGCGAUUCCGCUUGACCAACAAUAUGAAGUAGACAAGAAAACCGAAACUGAAGAGGCAAAGAAAGAAUUAGAAAAAAAAUGUGAUCCUGUUAAAAUAUUUUCGGAUGUUUUCCACGCCCUGUCUUUACAUCGACGUCAUGGUAUUGUUCCUUUUUUGGACAUUGGGGUGAAGAAAAUUCUGGAUGAUUGCCCGAUAGACGAAUUUUUGUUUGGAAAAUCUUUCCCGGACCAAUUAAAAAGCUCUAAUGAAGCCCAACGUUUGGGUUCCAGUAUAAGGAAGAAAGCUAGGGUUCCACAAUAUACUACUUCCAAAUCUCCGGUUGUACAAAAAACCAAUCAACCUAAAGCCGGUCCUUCAGGUAUAUCAACAUCUUUAAACUAUCGGCGCUCACAGCGCCGGACUCGUUUCAAAAAGGAGGAGGGGAGCGGAACCCACCAUUCCAGGAGAGCAUAUCCUCCACGUUAAGAGAAGAACCAGAUCAGUUAUUAACUAGCCAGGUAAAUAAGAAAUACGCGGGCCGUCUUUCUAAAUAUUUAGAAAAAUGGGCUCUUAUCACUAAUGAUUAUGCUGUUCCCUCUUGGGUUUCUGGAUAUAAGAUUCCAUUUAGGAAGAAACCAGUGCAAACUUAUUUACCAAAAUCAAGUUUUACAUUAACAGAGGCAUCUAAAUUGGAAGAUGUUAUUACUCAAUUGUUACAGAUAGGAGCAGUGUCAAAGACUUAUCCAAGAUCUAGUCAGUUUUUUUGAUUAAUUUUCUUGGUUCCAAAACCCGAGGGUUCCUAUAGAUUUAUAUUAAAUCUCAAAGCUUUGAACCGUUUUCUACGACCUCCUUAUUUUAAACUAGAGGGUCAUAGGACAGUCUUUAAAUUAUUAUAUCCAAAUUGUUUCUUUACAUCACUUGACAUUAAAGAUGCAUAUUUUUUGAUUUCAGUGAACAAAAGAUUUAGAAAAUAUUUGUCCUUUGAUUUUAAAGGUUCAUAUUAUCAAUUUAACUGUUUGCCGUUUGGUCUUUGCACAGCGCCAUUUGUGUUUACAAAGAUCAUGAAACCUGUAGUAAAAUUCUUAAGGUCUAAUGGCAUUGUAUUUGUUAUUUAUCUAGAUGACAUUCUCAUUAUUAGUAAAACUUUUGAGACAGCUUGUAAAGACUGCCAAGCUACAAAAGAUCUUCUGGAAUCCUUAGGUUUUUUACUUAAUUUCAAGAAAAGUAAUUUAGUUCCUUCUCAGACAUGUACAUUUCUGGGCUUUGCAUAUAACUCCAUAUCAUUUAAGGUACUUUUACCCAUCGAGAAGGCAACUCUUAUUCAGGCACAAAUUUUAAAACUUUUAACGAAGGACAAAUGCUCUAUUUUAACUCUGGCUCAACUUAUAGGUAAAUUUGUAGCAGCUUGUCCUGCUGUUAAAUAUGGUUGGGUUCAUUUAAAAAUUUUAGAGCGUAAAAAGUAUUUAGCAUUACGCUCUAAUAGACAUAAUUAUCAGUCAACUUUAUUACUUUCAGACUGUAUAAAAUCUGAAUUACAAUGGUGGCAUCAAACCUUAACUCAUAAUUAUGGUACACAUAUAGUGACAAAUACAGUGUUUGCCCUUGAGAUUUUUACAGAUGCUUCUCUAACGGGUUGGGGGUGCUCAUUGUCUAAGUAAAGUUACACAUGGUUUUUGGCACACAUGUGACAGAGUAAAACAUAUUAAUUAUUUGGAAUUGCUAGCAGCUUUUAACGCACUUCGUUCGUUUGCUUCAGAUUUAUCAAAUUGUUCCAUUCUACUUAGAGUAGAUAAUGUGACAGCCAUAGCCUGUAUAAAUCGUAUGGGUAGUGUAAGGUUUAAAAAUCUUAAUUAUAUCACAAGACAAAUUUGGCUGUGGUCUGAAACUAGAAAUAUUUUCCUAGUUGCCUCAUAUGUUAAUACUAAAGAUAAUGUCCAUGCAGAUAAGGAAUCUCGAUCGACUUCAAUUAAUACGGAAUAUGAAUUAUCAAAUCAUGCUUUUCAAAAGAUAUGUCAGUAUUUUGGUAAACCUACUAUUGACCUAUUGGCAUCACAAUUAAAUGCAAAGUGUACUAGAUAUAUCUCAUGGAAACCAGAUCCUAGUUCUAUCACUGUAGAUGCUUUCACUGUUUCGUGGGAAGGUCAAUUUUUCUAUGCCUUCCAACCAUUUAGCCUUGUAUUAAAAUGCUUACAAAAGAUCAUUGCUGAAGGAGCCCAGGGAAUAGUAGUAGUUCCUCGCUGGAAUACCCAGCCAUGGUACUCUACCUUUCGUAAACUUCUUGUAACAAAACCUUUAGUUUUCACACCAGAUCAAAGUUUACUUUCUUCACCUUUCAGAGACUGUCACCCACUUCGGCAGACCCUUUCCCUGGAGGUUGGAAUUUUAUCCGGGAGGCUUUUCACAGACGAGGUGUCCCAGCAAUAGGACUUCAGGCUAUUAAAUAUUCAAUCAGCACAUCUACUUUAAAGCAGUAUACUGCAUACUUAAGGAAAUGGUGGGAUUUUUGCAGCACAAAAAACCAUAAUCCUUUUCAA